GUGAUGGAGCCCCGUGGGCUGCCCUGGCUGCAGAGCUUGGACAAGCCGAGCCGCCUCCUGCUCCACGCGUUGGCCUCCAGCUCCUGUGGGACACUGGCUGCGCUCCGGAUGCUGCAGCGGGUCCAGCCUGGGGAGGGACCAGGGCCCGUGUUUUCUUGGCAGACCUUCACCACAGCCCUGUGUGCUGAGGAGCCCGUGCUGGAGGGGCCGGAGGAGGGGGCCCUGGCUGUGAAGCCGCGGCUACUGCUGCUCCCUGUUGUGUGCCAGAGAAACCUCUUCUCCCUGCUGCUCGUGGUGCAAGCACUGGUGCCAGGGGGCUGCCUCGACCGGCUGCUCCAGGCUCUGGAGCAGGAUUCCCAUGUGGAUCCCUGGGUGUGGGCGCUGGGGGAUCUGCUCCGGCAGGGAGCAAGGGGAGAGGAGUGCUGCCCACCUCCUGGUGCCUUGUCUUCCAUGUGCCAGCAGCAGCUUAAGUGCCUGGGCCAGAGAAUUGCCCAGAACAAACCAGAGGGGCGAAGGAAACUGAAGUGGUGCUUCAGCAGACAGCCCAGUGCCACCGGGGAUGGGGCUGACUCUGUGAUUCACGGUGGGAAGCACAAGGAAGUGUCAGAGGAGAGGCUGGAGUUGGAUCAGGAGAGAGAAGGGAAGAGGAUGCUGCUGGAGGAGGUGGUGUUUGACCCCCCAGGAAUGCAGGAGGUUGGGGAUGUGGCAGGGAUGGAAGAGGAGAUGCCAGAGGAGCCUUCAGGAGAUGGAUCUGCCCAGAGUCCAGAUGGGGCUGCUCUGGAAAGCUCCCAGCAGGAAGCAGCCAGGAAGAUUUCCCAGGCAGAGCUGGCAGUGGAGGUCCAGUCCUUCCUGCAGCUGCAUGGACCAAGGCUGAAGAUGCUGCUGCAGAAGGAGUCCAAUCACCCGGAUCUCAGCAUCCCACCCGAGCUGCACGUCCUGAACAACUGCUCUCCUGCCCAGCUCGAGGGGCUGUGCUCCUUCCUGCAGCUCUCCACGUGCCCGGAACACCUCCUGGUGCGUUUCUGCAGCUGGUUGUUGGUUCUCAGCCCUGAGCUCAGCUACAGCAGCGCGGCCACCCUGGCACAGCAGCUCUUCCUCAGGCGAGUCCUGUCCCUCACCCAGCCGCCCUCCCGACACCUCAUGGCUGCCCUCACUUCAUUUUGCUCCAAGUAUUCCCAGCCCUUCUGUCGUGUCCUGGUGGCUGCGGUCCUGCAGGAGCCAGGGGAAGGUGCUGAGCAGACCAAGCUGGUGUGCGAGCUCGUGGAGGAGUGCCUGGAGCCAGACUGUGUGCGACUGGUGCUAAGCCAAGUCUUGGAGGUGCCUUUGUAAGUUCUGGCCGUGCUGGGGCGGCAGGAGGUGCUGCCCCCUGAGCUCUUCGAUCUGCUGGUGCUGACCCUGUGCCGGCAGGCUCCAGCCUUCAGCACGUCUCUCAAUUACGCCAAGCUGGUGAUGGCCACGCUCACCAUGUACCACAGCCAG